AUGACCACGGAGCAGACCCAUCCAAAUCCGCCAACUAUCAGUCCUGUGGUAACACCUACUCAACCUGGCACUUCCACAUUCGUCUUUGGGCAAGGGAAGACUGCUCCGAGACCGUUUCUCAAAUUGCUGACAACGAAAUACAUAUACGACCUUGCACCAGAUCCAUCCCUCGUGCCGAGACCGCUUACCAUCCGGAAGCAGACUAGAAACGUCUCAGCUCCUGCUGCCCUUGGGAGUGCCACCCUUGACACCUGGCAAGCCGAGCGUUGUAAUGAGACGAGAGACGGAGGCAAAUAUCCCACCCAUCACUUCCGCGAUCGACCUCGGUCCCACCAGCAUGCAAUUCUCGACAUCAUCUCCAGGAUAGUUGCAAACGGAGUGGACGCGGCCCAGAUCGCGAAAGACAUGGACAUGGAUCCGAACGAGUUGAUUCAAUACAUGGCGAGCUUCGGUGUAUCGGCCAGAGAUGCUCCCAGCGUUCUGGACGAAGAAAUCCACGCUUUCUUCUCUUCCGUCCCAACGACAGUCUUCAGUGGAGACAAGCUGUGCAGUGCCCUUUCGGAUCGUGAUGAGACACCUAAACCCACGCACUUGAUGGAUAUAGCCACUAACAAUUUGGAAGCAGAGUCAGAUGACGGGACAGAAAGCACUCACAGUCAAAUUGCUGGCCAAGGCCUUCUGUCCUGGAGUGGGGAUCAAGAUGACGUCUUCGGAGACAGUCCUCAUGAAACCGUUGUCGCACAAGUAGGCGGUACGCAUGUCCAGAGCGAAGAUGUCUACCACGACGCCCAGGAAAGCUAUGGCGGGACUCUGAGCCAAGAAUCCGGGAUGAAACUAUUGAACAGCGACAACCCUACAUGUUCCGAAGAUCUGGCAGGUCCAGAAGGUCAACUAGAUUCCAAGAUCAGUUUCAUGGCUGUCCCGACUCCAAACAUCGCUACAGGGAGGAAAAUCACAGAGCCAAGAGUAUUCAUGCCACCGGUCUCAAUACUCGGGAGACUCUUCUGGAAGAUCCCCAGGGUGGUGUGGAUAAUCCUUGCUGUGAUGGCUGGACGGCUGCUGGGCAUUCUGCUGACGGAGCUAGAUGGGUCUGUGCCCUAA